AUGGCCCUGAAGAAGAAACUUAGUUGUCUCUGGAUACUAACUCUGUGUUUGGCAGCCUGUAGACUUUCCAAGGCAGCGGAUGAAAUUCCGAAGGUGCCAUCUAUCAAUAAUCCAAAAUUUAUCCGUGAGUUCGUCGACCACCAUAAUGAACUGAGAGGCAAGGUCAACCCCACGGCAGCGGAUAUGAAUUCUCUGAGUUGGGACAAAGCAUUAGCAGAAGUGGCCAGGACAUGGGCUAAACGGUGCCUUUUUUCCCAUAAUCCCUGCACUGGCAAACGCUACGGUUGUAUCAGUGGUUAUGACUAUCUUGGAGAAAAUAUAUAUUUAGGUGGAAUAAACACUGUACCAAGACAAGUUGUUUAUGCCUGGUAUAAUGAAAGUAAAGAUUAUGAUUUUGACAAUAAGACCUGUUCUAAAACAUGUGGCCAUUAUACACAGGUAGUUUGGGCCAAAUCACUGAAAGUUGGUUGUGCAGUUGCAAAUUGUCCUCAUCUCCUUGGCAACUCAGCGGGACUAUUUGUGUGUAAUUAUUCGCCAGCAGGAAAUUAUAAAGACGUGAACCCUUACACAAAAGGAAAGCCUUGCUCUAUGUGUGGGAAAGAUGACUGCAUGGACAAUCUCUGCCGCCUACAUAGCUGCUGGGAGCUCAUGACCGCGAUAGCUGUGUUUUAUCCAAAAACUGACAUCGCACAUCGCUCCAUCUUCUAG